GUAAAAACAACAGCAGCAAAAAUGUGAGGGGAAAUGUUUUUUUUGUUUGAAAAAAGAAUUGAAUGAGAGAUUAUCACGCCACGUCUUUUGUUUAUGUGUUGUGAUUAUUAGUCCAUUUGAAACGAAAUAAAAAUAGAAUCCACCCUAUCUCUGAUCAUCACCGAUGUUAAAGAAUUAUGCACAUGAACAUUGGUGGAGGUGGUGUUGGUGCCGAUGGCACGGGCUGCCCCGCCGGAGGAGUAGGAUCUGUAUCCGUUUGUUCAGCCAAAAUGGUAUCAAUAUCCACCAAUCACAUUAGGCCAAUUAAUUCUUCAUCACCUUCCUUAUCAUCAUCAACCACUUACUUGCCAUUAUCGAAAUCAUCAUCAUUACCACCUUCGAUUAUUAAUAAUAAUAAUCUAGUAACAACACUGCCAAAUAAUACGACAACAUUAAUGACAACAAAAUUUCAUAAAAUACAAGACCAUGUGAUUAAUACCAAUAAUACUAUUAAAUCUUUGAAUUCAUGUAUCAAAAAGCCAUUACAACAGCAAGAGGAUUUCCGUUUGAUAUCGACGAAAACUAUGCCGCCCAUAACAGCAGCAUCAACAACAACAACGACGUUUGAUCAUUCCUAUCAUUCGAUUGUUGUUCAUAAUAAUAAUAAUAAUAAUGAAGAACAUAAUCAACAUCGUACUGCCAGAUCGCCUUCAAAUUCCGAAACGUCAUCGGCUAUUUCAAGUUGUUGCGAAAGUUCUGAUCAUGAUCAAUGUUGUGACAUGAAUGAAACUGUAGCCGCAUUAUUACAAUGUGAUGAAGAUGUUCGCGCACCUGAUUCCCCAGAUUCUGGUGUAAGCGGAUCACUUGUCCAUAGUCCUGAUGGUAAAAGUCUAUAUGAAGAAUCGGAUGAUUAUUAUCAAUCGAUAUUUCCGACACCAGCAAAAUCUCCUGUAGAAAAUCAAGAUACAAUAACAGAUACAACGACAAACACCGUGAUCAUUCCCCAUUAUGUUAGCGGUGAUAAAUGUGAUUCAUUGUUAGAUUUGAUUCAAUUGAAAAAUAAUCGUCAGCAAACUACAGAAAAAAUUGUUACCAAUGAUAAGGAACAAAUGUACAGACUAAUUGAAACGAAUCAUCAAGAGUCAGAUAAUGAUAAAUCAAAACAUAUCGAAUCAACAACAAAUGAGGAACAACAAAAUAUUCCGAAUGAUCUCAAAACAACAAAUACUAAUGUUGAAGAUGUAUUAAACCAAACUAUUGUACUAGAGAACGACAAUGAUGUUAACGAUGACGAUGAAAUUCUUCAAUUUAGUAAAGAAAUUGAAGCAGUUGUUCCAAAUAUUCGAUUUGAUGGAUUAGAUUUAGCUUUGCAAGCCAUGUAUUGUGAUGCCGAACAGGAUAAAACGACUGAUGUUGAUCAACAAUCGACAUACGGUAUUGCUGGUGAUGAUGAACGUGACGAACAGACAGGCUUAAUAUCAAAUGGCUUUGAAUUUGGUUUCGAUUUCCCUAUGGACCAAUCGACAUCAAAUUCCAAUCAUUGUCUGAACAAAUCGGAUUCAUUUGCCGAUUCAUUUGAAAUGUCGAUACGAACGCAAGGUAACGCAACGACCGAUAUGCAAACAAUGAUAAAACAGAUAAAAAUGAAAGCUCAAAGUAUUCAUAAAAACAAUAACGCCAGUAUAGUUAAAAAACAACAAACAUUCUGCUGCCAAUGGCAUGAUUGUGAUUGGCCAGGUAACUAUGAAGAUCUGGCUGAACAUCUUCGCGAAAUACAUGUAGAAUUACAACCAUUUUUGGAUUCUAAUGGAAAAGUCAUCAAAUGGAAUAAACGUCUCAAAUCUUCAUUUUUAUCGGCCAAAUUGAAUAAAGAUCAUGAUGAAUCUGGUGCCAAUUCAAUGAUGAUGAUGGAUGAUUUUGAUGGAUCAUCUUCACAAGCCACCAUGGAUGAUGAAACAAAUCUAGAUUCUGAUGAUGAAGAUUGUUCGAAUAGUUCAACAGAAGAUGAUAAUCAAUCAUCGAAAAUUUCAUCAAUUGCAACGCGACGACGAUCUCGGCGUUUUCAAAGUGAUUCUGGUUGUUCAUCCAUGAUGACAUCAGAUAAUUAUCUGUCUUCAUCACGUCGUUCAUCAAAGAAAAAUUCAAUGAACGGUGAUUCUAAUCAUGAAAAACUGGAAAAAUUUGUUUGUUUAUGGCGAGGUUGUAAGGUUUUCGGUAAACCAUCAUUAUCUCGAAAUUGGAUCGAACGACACGUGCUUGAACAACAUUCUGGUCCUAAACCAUUUAAAUGUAUUGUUGAUGGUUGUGGACAACGAUUUCGAGCACAGAAUCAAUUGGAAAAACAUGUUAACAUGCAUUUUAAGACAAAUCCACCGCAACAACAAUCGCUUUCGUCAGAUCUCAAGCAAAUUUCAACGAUUAAAAUGAUUCCCCCAUCACCAUCAUCAUCGUUUCUAUUGAAUCCAUCCUCUACAUCAUCAUCAUCAUCAUCAUUAAUAGAAUCGAAUCGACCAAUAACGGAUAGCUGUUGUAAAUGUCAAUGUCAUUCGUUUUUAUUUUCGAACCAUAAUAAUUGUGAUAAUUUCGACAUGUCUUCAUUAUCGAAUCAGGACGAUCAACAACAACAUCAAACAUCAUCAAAACAAAUUGACAAAACAAAUCGAAGUCCCAGUGUUGAUUCAGGUAUUAGCCUUCAGUCAUCGUGUUCAUCAUCCUCAUCAUUUUCAGAUGUUGCCCAAAUGUCUUCAUUACCAUCAUCAUCAUCAUCAUCAUUUACCCAACAACAAUGUCUUUCAAAUACAAUUAAUUCUAAACAUUUUAACAAUUUUGAAUUUCACUGCCAUACUGCAUGUUGUUGUCUAACCAAACAACAGCAACAGCAAUCAUCCUCUACAACUUCCAAAAUAUCGUCAUUGACAUUAUCAAAAACAAGCAAGAAUAAAAAACCAUUGUGUUCAGCAACGAAAGUGAAAAGCGUUGCCAAUACUGAUUAUCUGGACGAUGAAUUUGCAUUGAAAUUAUCUUAUGAAUUUCGAACACGUGAAGCCUUAAUGGCUGGCCUAAAAAGUUAUCCACCAUAUAAUCGUUAUAUUAGAUCUUCAGAUGGUUCUGUUGAAAGAAUAACAAAAAAUCAAUCAUUAUCUUCAAUUUUCAAACAGAUGAAUAUACGAUCAAAGUUGGAUAAAAGAACUCCCACUAAAAUCAAUAACGCUGCCUCUAAUAAUAAAUCAUUUAAUGAUAGCCAUGUUGGCGAUAGGCCACAACAAAAUGUACAAGGAGCUUCAUCAUCAUCAUCAUCAUAUCACCAACGUUUGAAAUAUAUAAUGUAUUCAAAAAAGAACUAUUCGAUUUGAAUCGCCGAAAAGCAAAUGUGCCUUUCGAAAGUGAAGUGAUUGCUUGCAAGACUAAAUCGAAUGGUGAAUAUUUUUACACACUAAAAUGGCCAACAAGGCAUAAACAAGACAU